UAGCGUAGCGGGUUGUCAACAAAAGCAAUUUUCCGAAUUUUACAAUCUUUUAGACAGGUGGAUCUCCUCCAAUUGAAUAUAAAGGGUGCAUUAUGUUCCCUAUUCAAAGAUGAAAACUUUAUCGUCAGUGAUUUGAUCAAUGUGAGCUUUGCUGUAUUUUACGUGAGUUGAAAACGUUGCUGAAACUAUUCGAGGGAAAAUGGGGAAACAACAGUACAGAUCUACAAACUGCGUUCAAAAAGCGUCUGGACUUAACUUUGAAGUUGUCAAGCGCGAGCAAAUUGAGCAGCAGUCACACCUGCAAGUGAUUUCUGACCGACUCUUUAGGGGCGAUGAUCAGCAACGAAUGCCUGAGUUUUACUCGGUUCUGGACAGACGUUUGGGAACUAGUAGUAAGGACAACAAUUGCGAAACAUGUGGCCAAGAGGUGCUACAUUGUCCAGGACAUUGGGGCUUUAUUGAUCUCGAGGUUCCCUUGUUUCAUGUUGGCUACUUUGGUCAAGUCAUCAACAUUCUGCAAACCAUCUGCAAGGAAUGCUCCCAUGUUAUGCUCCCCAAGGCAGUCAAACAGAAAUACAUCAACAUCAUGAAUUCAAAGUUGUCAUACGUGAACAAGAAAAAGAUCCGCAAGGAAAUUCUCGCACAGGCCAAGAAGAGUGUAGAGUGUACCAAUUGCUCUGCAUUGAACGGACUUGUCAAAAAGGGUGUUGGACUCCUGAAAAUUGUUCAUGAUCUGCUGAGGAAGUGCAGCAAAAAGAAGAAGGAUGAGCUGCUGCAUGAACGAAUAGAGGAAUUGACGCGUGUGCUAGAUGACAGAGGUGAGGCUGAAAAGCUGGCGGCUGCCAGCUUUGUGCACAGUUUCACGCCACGAGAAGUGUACCAACUGCUCAAGAGGAUUCCAGAACGCGACAUCCCCCUUCUGGGCAUGCCUCUAGACUCAGCGCAGCGACCGCAUGAUCUCAUCAUUACGUCGAUCCCAGUGCCUCCAAUUGUGAUCCGACCGUCUGUGAAGAAUGACGUCAAGGUUGGAUCCUCCACAGAAGAUGACAUCACCAUGUGCCUGAAGGACAUCGCCUUUUUCCAUAGCAACAUGAAGGGUCAUCAGUUCGCCAACGCCAAUCCGUACAUGUACUUGACAGAAGACUUAGACUUCCUGCAAGCUGCUGCUGCGCGUCUCAUCAACGGUGAAGCUAAAUAUCCUAGCGAGAAAAUGCUACCAACAAAGCCAAAGAGGUGUUACAUGCAGCGGCUGAAGGGAAAGGAAGGUCGUUUCAGAGGUAAUUUGUCUGGAAAACGAGUUGAUUUCUCUGGCAGAACAGUCAUCAGUCCAAACCCCAAUUUGAAAAUUGACCAGGUCGGAGUUCCAAUCCACAUUGCUAUGACUUUGACGUACCCUGAAAGGGUUAACAGUCACAAUAUAACGUAUUUGCAAAAGCUAGUGGCCGCUGGGGCUCACAAACAUCCUGGUGCCAACUACUAUGACAGGCCAGGCCAAAGCAGGAAAGAUCUCGGCUAUGGCGACACAAAAGCUGUGUCUAUGAAACUCAGGGCUGGAGAUAUUGUGGAGAGACACCUGAAGGAUGGCGACAUUGUGCUAUUCAACCGGCAACCCAGCUUGCACAAACUGAGUAUCAUGGCGCACAGAGUUAAAGUUCAGAACACGAGAACAUUCAGCUUCAACGAAUGCGUUUGUGGUCCAUACAAUGCUGACUUUGACGGUGAUGAAAUGAACUUGCACGUGCCACAGACCGAGGAGGCUAGAACAGAAGCUUUAAUUUUGAUGGGGACUAAGUCAAAUUUGGUAACGCCAAGGAGUGGAGAGCUGAUGAUCGGAGCGACGCAGGACUUUCUCACAGGAGCCUACUUGAUCACUCAGAAAGAUCACUUCAUGAUGCGAGACAAGUUUUGCCAGCUCAUUACUUCAAUUAUGGUCGAUGAGGAUGCUGCAAUGCGCAUUGACCUUCCAAAGCCUGCUAUUGUCAAGCCAAUUGAGAUGUGGUCUGGAAAGCAGCUGUUCAGUUUGAUUAUGCGGCCCAACAAAAAGUGCCCGGUCAAGUGCAAUCUAAGAGCUAAGACCAAGCCAUACAAAGGAAGCAAAGAGGAAAUGACAGCAGAUGACUCCUUUGUGGUGAUCAGAAACUCAGAGCUACUAGCUGGUGCCCUGGACAAAAGUGUGCUGGGCUCUGGAGGAAAGAGCAAUAUUUUCUACACUCUCUUGCGGGACUUUGGUGAGGACGUCUCAUCCAAAGCUAUGGCUAGACUGGCACGCCUUGCCUCCUAUUUCCUCAUGAACAGGGGAUUUUCCAUUGGCAUUGAGGACGUGAUGCCUGAUGAAAAGUUAAACACCAGCAAAAAAGAACUCAUCAAAGAAAAGUAUAAGGUGUGUGACGAGCUCAUUGUGCAACACAAAAACAACGCACUGGAAUGCAUGCCUGGCUGCUCAAUGGACACCACUUUAGAAACAAGACUGUUAGGAACUCUUUCAGAAAUUCGAGAGCUUGCUGGAAGGACAUGCUUGGAAAGUCUUCCUCGUCACAACAGCCCGAUGACGAUGGCUCUCUGCGGUUCUAAGGGUUCCACCAUCAAUAUCUGCCAAAUGAUCGCCUGUGUGGGCCAGCAGGCCAUUUCGGGGAAAAGAGUGCCAGAUGGCUUUUCAAACCGAGCGCUACCCCAUUUCCCAGUUUAUUCUCGAGAACCUGAUGCCAAGGGUUUCGUUGCAAACAGUUUCUACACCGGCCUUACGCCAACUGAAUUCUUCUUCCACACCAUGGCAGGUCGAGAGGGUUUGGUCGACACAGCUGUUAAAACGGCUGAGACUGGUUACAUGCAAAGAAGGUUAAUGAAGGGUCUGGAAGACUUGUGCGUCCAAUACGACAAUACGGUGCGGAAUUGCAAUAACGUUGUUGUCCAGUUCUGCUAUGGCGAGGAUGGAUUGGACCCAACAUUCAUGGAAGGCAAAGACCAACCUGUCGACUUUGAGCGUGUUCUUGAACACGUUAAGGCUAAAUCGCCCUAUCGCACAGAAGAGGGUCUCGAGGGGAACAAAAUUGUCCAUUUCACGGAGCAAAUGCUGCGUACCGAGAUGGACAAGUGUGGAUCCUCAGCAGAAAAUUUCAAGCGCCUCAUCAGGGAGUUCAUGGUUAAAGUCGCAGCCAGAGUGGAAAACAUUCGCUCACUGCAGGGAGUAAACCAAGGCCGCAAACCUCUCAAAGUAGAAUUGGAGCUGGAGAGACUAACUCUAAGUCAGUUGGUUGAGUUUUUCGAGACUUGCAGGGAAAAGUUUGUUCAAGCGAGAAUUGAGCCAGGAACUGCUGUGGGAGCUCUGGCUGGCCAGUCUAUUGGAGAGCCAGGAACGCAAAUGACAUUGAAGACUUUCCACUUUGCUGGUGUCGCCUCUAUGAACAUCACCCUUGGUGUUCCUAGGAUUUUGGAGAUCAUGAACGCGUCAAAAACAACAAGCACACCUCUGAUCAUGGCCAAACUUGAUGAGGAGUGCCAAUUUGAGGAGGGGAAAGCAAGACGCAUUAAAGGAAGGGUGGAGAGGACUACCCUUGGUGAAGUGUGUCGGUACCUGGAGGAGGUUGUGCUGCCUGACGAGUUCUUCAUCAUUGUGCGGAUUGAUAUAGACAGAAUCAAGCUGCUUCAGCUGGAGCUCAAUGCUGUCAUGAUUGCUUACAUGAUUGACAUCAGUUCAAAGCCGAAAAUCAAGGCCAACGUUGAAGUGAAGAGCGUUUCAGUUUUGAAAGUAGUCCCUCUAAUGAUGAAAGAGAAGAGAGACCCUCAGGAGGUGUUGCAGGAGCUGGCUAUCCUGCUACCUCAAGUGACCAUUUGCGGAAUUUCGACUGUUAGCCGCGCAGUCAUCAGCCACGACGACAAGGACAAACAGAAGUUGCAGCUGGUCAUUGAGGGCUCAGGGCUGCGAGACGUGCUAGCUACCCGAGGCAUUGACUGGAAGCACACCAGGUGCAACAACAUCAAUGAAGUGAAGAGUGUCCUUGGCAUUGAGGCUGCCCGCGCGACCAUCAUUGAGGAAAUCCGGUUCACCAUGCGGGAUUACGGCAUUACCUUGGACGUGCGUCACCUGAUGUUGUUGGCCGACUUGAUGACUUCGGUUGGAGAAAUGCACGGAAUGACGCGGUUUGGACUUGAGAAGAUGAAAGAGUCCGUUUUGAUGUUGGCCUCGUUCGAGAGGACCAGUGAUCAUCUUUUUGAGGCUGCCCACUAUGGCCAGAGAGAUUCGCUGAGCGGAGUCAGUGAGAGUAUCAUAAUAGGCAACCCAAUGGCCAUGGGAACUGGACUUUGCAAGCUGCUUUACAAAUCCCCAGAAAAGGAGGAGCCAUGGAGCGUGAAGACACCGCUACUUGCAACUUUGCUGGAAGAGCACGGCAACUGAAGCUUUUAGCUGUAUAGUUUAUUUGUGUACAAAUUUGAUACUCAUGGAUUUUCUAUGGUGUUACAACAUCUUAUCAUUUUUCUAUCCAUCAAUUAAAACAUUGAUCAUGCUAUUUGAAAUGAAA